GCUAGAUUAGUAAGGUCACGUGACAGUGGAUGGACGUAUCUGUCUUGAUUCAUCGUCUUACUGAACGUCUGUUCUAUGGUUCUUCUAUCUCAGACGAAGAAAUGAAAGACCAGGUGUGUCCAGAUGCGUCACAAGAUGACUUUCAAGGAUAUGUAAAGCGAUUUUCUACAAUAUUAAGUAACAUUUCGGCUGCUAACAUGGACUUUAAACAGUUGGACGCUUUCUUGACAUCACAAAUGAAGAAACGAGAGAACCCAAUUACUGAAGAACAAGCACAAGCUUUGAUGAAGGUUUGGAAAAAUCAAAAGGCAAAGGUUCAUGAAGCAUUAGUGAGGCAAUCCACAUGGGAUAACCAACUGAAAGCGUUCAGUUGGAGAAUCGAUGUGAAGAGCAAAGCAAGGCAUGUUGUCGAUCUCAACAUGCCAACUGCAAUAGUAGAGAUGCAAAUUGGCAGAAACGAGGGCAGUGAAGUUGUGCGAUUUGAAAUGAAUGAAGAAAGACUGGGUGACAUGAUCAAUCAGAUUAAUGCAAUCGAAGAACAAAUUGCUGAUUAUACAAAGUAGAUGUAAUUAGCUGAGUUUCUCACACGUGGUUUUGUAUGGAAGAUCAAUAUACUGCUCAUAACUGUGAAUUGAUUAAUACCAAGAAAUCA